AUGUUUAAGUUUUUGAUAUUCUCGUGUUUCCUCGCCCUCGCGGCCGCCAAACCCGGCGUGCUGGCCCCAGUAGCGUACACCGCCGCGUACACCGCUCCGGUCGCCGCCGCGUACACCGCUCCGCUCGCUGCUGCGUACACCGCCCCGCUCGCCUACUCUGCCUACACCGCACCGUUAACGUUGAUCUUCGCUUGCUUCCUCGCCCUCGCGGCCGCCAAGCCUAGCGUACUGACCCCAGUAGCGUACACCUCCGCGUACACCGCUCCGCUCGCCGCCGCGUACACCGCUCCUGUCGCCGCCGCGUACACCGCUCCUGUCGCCGCCGCGUACACCGCUCCGCUCGCCUACUCUGCCUACACCGCACCAGUCGCUGCAUACUCUGCUUAUAGUUACGCCUCUCCCUAUUCUGCCUACUAUUUACGUCGUUAA